CCCCGGUCUGACAUUCGAGUAAUACUGGUGUUGUCGACCUAUCGGUCAGCUCGGACUUACCAGGGGUCGUCAAUUGACCCUGCACUAACGUAAUUUAUCCCCCCCCCCAGUCGUUACCCGGCUUCUCUGAUUUCCAUCAACCAAUGGUAACGUGAAUUGUCCACUUAUCUGAUUAUCUCAACCAUUGGCUUUUGUACCGAGGCUACUAGCUUAAAGGUUAGCUCCUUCUUGCACACUGACAAGAAAUUUUACUACGAACGGACUAAUAUUAGAUACCAAUGAAAUGUUCCAGAUAGUUAUGAAGCAUUCAUUUUGAAUGAUCUUACCUGCUUCAGAUACAAAAUAUAAUUUGGCACAUACGCAAUCACGCUCUAGAAUUGAAUUAGUGUGCAGUGGCAGGUCAAAACUGAACUGACCGUCCAGAUUCAAUCCUAGGAAAGCCCAAAUUUUCCCAAUCAGAUUUCAGUCGUUUGUCUCACUUUGAAUUGUUGCACGAUGUUUCUCCGUCUUUUUACUUUGACUUUUAUCUUGGCUGGGUCUUGGGCCAUGCCAACCCCUACCAUCAAGCAUGUUCCGGAGGUGGUCAAGGCCGUUUCAGCUGAUAUUACCAAUAUCGGCAAGGCGAAAGUGGCCGUCUUAAACUACAGCGGAAAAGCUUUUGCAGAAGCCAUUGGAGCAGCCAUGAAUACAAGUACCAACUUCCUGGGUAAAUUAGACGUUGAGGCGGCUAUCAAUGACACCGAGAAGACGGUUACCGCUCAGAAAAUGGCCAGCAUUAAGGGAGCUUUCGAUGCCAAGCGAGCAGUGGUCAAGAACAUCCAAGCCUUCCGAGAUGCCAAUAAGGAAUCCGUUCAAGCCAUGUACAAUUCGACGCUAAGUGGUCUAGGAUACGCUAUGAACCAAACUGUCGGAGGAUUGAACGUGUCCAAAACGGUCAUGGCGGAUUUUGUGAUGGAUAUGAACUUCGGCAAGGCUCAGCAAAUGUUGGCCAAUGCUUUUAACUCGACCAUGACCUUGGUCGAGAAAUCCGCCAAUGCCCUUGUUCAAGCUCUCUUGGCCACUAAAUACCGUUUGCAUAAUGCGGCUCUGAAAGUGGAUUCCAAGACGACCGUGGUCACCACCAAAAAUCAGAUCGGAGGUACCCUUGAAACAGGAACGAACAGUGCCUUAGCUACGGCAGAGAAAUUGGGCGUCUUCGCUACAUUCGAUAACUUAAUCAAAGGGGUGGCAGAUAUCCCAUUGAAGGUCAACAAGAUGGUCUUUCAAGGCAAGGUCAAACCAGUUAAUGAUGUCAGCGUGACUGAGGAGGAAGACAAGCCUCAAACGAAGCCAAUGACCGAUUUUGAAGAAGAGCCUAUGAACGAGGAUUUCCGAAUGGAACCUGUCGUGGACAUUGAAAUCGAUGGCCAUAUUCCGGACGAUGUGGAAAGGGAGACUUUGGAGAUGGAGUUGGCCCAAGGCAUUGGUCAAGUCGUUUCUGACGCCUUUGAGCGAAGAGUUCCGAGAACUUCAGUGGAAGAAGAGCAGGAAGAACAGGAAGAAGAACACAUGGAGGAGACAAUGGAACUGAUGGAUCAUCUUGAAGCUAAUGAGGAACUCAUCCAAGAGGAAAAGGAUACGGAUGAAACUGAGUUGACGGCGGCCAUCAAUACCGGCGAUUUCACUGAAGAGCAACUCACCUCCGUCCUCGUGGAUAACUAACCAAAAAUUUACUCCCAUUAUUCGAGGAUAAUAAGAACUUGGACAUUUUUAUAAGUGUGUUUUCUUAAAGCCAGGCUAAUGUGCAAUUUGUCAUUUGAAAUGAACAAUAACAUUUUCGUCCCUUUGUA